AGAGAGACAUCGACCGCGGCCGGUCCGAGUCCCACGUAACUACACCCGGUAGAGCCGACCGACCCGCGCGUCGUUCCCGUAUUACACGGUAACGCGGACGAUAAUUUAAUAACAAUUAUUAUUGUAAUAUGUCGCCCGUUAAUUACCUAUGUCGCACACGCACGUACGUGUGCAAUUGUGUAUACACGUUUUACAUAUAUAUUUAUAUAUAUUUAUGCCUAGUUCAGGGCCGUCCGACUUGUAAUCUUGUACUUGACAUUUAUCAAACAAUUUUCGUGUAAAAACGUAAUCGUUUCACCGGCGGCGGCGCGCGCGCGCGCCCGUCAUUGUGUGUGUGUGUGUGUGUGCCGCGUGCGCGUGUGUGCGCGCGCGACAGUAUGAGAGAUCGCGGUUGCGCUUGCGCGCCGCGCACGGUAAGCGUGUGCGGUUGGUGGUUCCCGCGACUGUGUGUGUGUGUGUACGCGCGCGCGCUCAGCGAAUGAGCCAUACUAUUUUACGUCUGCACCGUUCCACUUCUGUUCGCCGCCAGUUUACGUGCGACGACGACGUCCCGCCGCCGCCGCCGCCGCCGCAGACGCCGUUAAACUGAUUUUCGUUUUUCCGAUUUCGGUUUUUUUUUUCUCGUUCUCCUCCGCGGCCGCCCGUUGUCCAGGAACCAGGAUUUUUCCCGCAGUCGACGACCUCAGCUGCCCCGCUGCCUUCGCCCGUCGCUAUUUACAAUAAUAAUAUUUUAUCAUACUCCAAACGGUACCUAUAAUAAUCAUUGGCGUCGGAGGAUAUAGGCGCCUGUUCUACUUAAUCGUUCGCGUUUGGACGUGUCCUGUUGCUGUUGCUUCUGCUCGUUUUUGAAACAACUUGUUGUAGGGGGGUAUUCGGCCGUUUUCGCCACUCAUGAGUGAUACAAUUUACUAUUUGAGACCCGAACCGAACGGAAAAUGUGGAUUGGAUAUGAGGACGGAAAAAAAUAAUAUAUUUACAUAUAUUGGGUUCUGUACUUGAUUAAGUAAACUUAGGCUUUUCGCAAACGUAUUAGAGUAAAAGUGAAAUUUGCUGACUGUGUCAUUAACUCUUGAACUUGAAAUACAAUUUACAAAAUAUCUCAUCAAUCAUAAUGAAGCAGAAAUUCAACUGAAAAUAAUGUGAAGUCUGAUAAUUUUUUUUUUUUUUUUUGAUUUCAAGGAUUUCCAAACAAAAAUUUGUAUUUAAUAUAUACAUAUUAUAUAUACAUUAUAUUAUAUAUAUAUAUGUAUAAUGUAUAUAUAUAUAUGAUGUUCAAUUAAAUCUAUUUUUUAAUUUCCAGGGAGCAGAAGCUUUUAUUUUUGUGAUUAAAAUUUCAUAUUGGGUCGACUUCCAUGGUGGUGGUGGGAAUUUGGAGUUUUCAGUUUGUUUCUACUUUCAAUUAUAUAUGUUUCAUCUCUUUUAAUUACUAUAUAAUAUCUUCUUUUUUUAAAAGAUGGUUAUAAUUACACAUUUACUUGUAGAAAUGAAACUUAGCUGAUAUUAUUCUAAAAGCGGGUACCUAGUGAUGGAUGUAAUCUAUGAUGAACAAGGAACUUUCGAUCAUCAGAUUUUUGUCACCUACAAAUCACACAUAACUUAAAUAUGAUUAUUCAAGAUAUCUUUUGCUGAUAAAUUUGAAAAUUAGAUUGGAUUAUGAUAAAGCUUUAAUAUAGCUUUUCAAAUUGAUUUCGUAGCUAAAUAAUAUUUCAUAUUAUCUGUUAUCUACCAUGAGCGUUAAUGUUGGUCUUGAAGACUCUUAUCAAAAUAGUCACAAUGGUGCUUUUCAAUCUUGUAGACCCAUUAAAGCUAUGAAGAUGUAUAAACGUAGAAAUUCAAUAAUGGGGACUGAAUCAUGUGACAACAAUAUUAGGACGCCCUCAAAUAGUUGGUCUGAUAAUACAUCGCAAAAUAUACAUCUCAAACUAACAUGUCAAGGAACAUUUAUUAAAGAUACAACUACAUGGUCAGAUAUGCAGUACGAAGCGGAAGAUACAGUUAGUGAAACAAAAUAUUAUUAUCCAAAAAAGAGGUUUUUGGAAAAAGCUGAAAUGGAAGCAGAUCAAAUUGAUAUAGCUGAAAGAAAUUUAUCUAUCCAAAAUCCAUCUCCAACUAACCAUUUAGGAGUAUCUACUAAGUUUUUAAAACAAACUAUUCUUCAAUACCGUAAUGCUUUCAAGGAUGAUCCCAAAAAGUCUAGUACUGAAGCAUCUGAGUUCCUACAACGUACUUUUGGUGAUGUUACCAAAAAUAAUAAUAUAGACACUGAGGAAAAUAUGAAUCUCUGUGUUCAAACUGCUCAAGAUCAAAAGACUGAACCAUAUUAUCGGUCUGGGUACAAAAAAUUCACUUUAAGACGUAAUGAAGAAGACUCAAAUGACUCAAACGUUAUAGAAACUCCUAUAGUGGUUGAACAGUUACCAGUUAUAAGUGAACAAAUUGAAGUAAAUGAACCUAGAGGAAGAAUAAGUAGGGCUUGUAAAGGAGUACGUUACCAACAGUUCAUGAAUGAUACAUUAUCAAAACGCCAAAAUAAAAAAUCGGGACCAAAAAAGUUAGAUAACGCUGCUGAUACUGUCACUAAACGCCGUAAGGGUAAGAAAAGUAACAUAAAAGAAGAAAAUAAUCAAGCUCCUGAAAUAAAUUCAUUACCAAUUCAAUCUCGCCGUGAAACAAGAAAUAGUGCCAAAGCAGCUGCACUGCGCAAACUAAAAGAAAACACUGACGAAAUAAUUGAAGAUAAUAAAAGAAAAUUAAUUUCUGAUGAUAUAGCUAAAGAACUAGAUUCCACUUCAAUUAUGGUAGUUCCUAAAAAACGUUUCAGAACAAAUGAUGAUGAUAUUAAAUGUGAAACUGCUGAGGAACCAAAAAGACUGCCAUCACCAUUAUUUUCAGAAACUAGUUCCAGUAGAUUGUCAAGUCCAGAAUCCAGUACCAGUAGUACCUCUGCACAUGUUCACUAUAAAAAACGUGUUUCACGAACAUUUGCUGAAAGUCAAAGUAAUACAAAUUCUGCUUCGUCUGACUCCAAUGUCAACUUACAAACUUUAGCAGAUGUUGCCUUGAGAGGUAUUCCAUUUUGAUUAUUGAUUAACAAUGAUUACCAGAACUAAAAAAAUUCAUUACCUGAAAAGUGGUUCAGUGGAAGGUUGAUAUUCUCACUGGCCGUCAUUUUUUAAUAAAACACUACCAACUGGUAAACAAAUUUUAGAUAAAUUGAUUUGCAAUUAGAAAUUUGUAUAAUUUUAUUUUAUUGUAAUUUGUUGGACAAAAAACCGGGCCAAAAUAUAUUUUAAGUCCAUUUAUAUUACACUUAACAAUCUUAGUACAAUUUUCUCGUUUCUCUUAAUAAGUUAUAUUUUUAUUUGUUUUUUCUUAACUAUUUUUUUUAACCAUUGCCUCCUAAAUAAUAAUUUUAUAUAUUGCUCAAAAAUAUAAUUGUGUAUAAAAACAAAGCAACUGUUAAAAUUCUAUGUGUUAUAUUAUGUUAUUAUGCUCAAAGUUUUAGUUAAUUCAUUUUAUUCUUUUUACUAUUAAAUAGUUUGUAAAUGUAGCAGUAUCUUUAUAAAAAUCCUGUCUAUCUUGUUAAGCUAAAAUAAGAUCUGUGUAAAUUAUUAUGAAGAUCAAUCAUUCCUAUUUGUAUUACUAUAAUAUAGUAUAUUAUACACUUUCUGUAAUAUUUUCUCAAAGUUACAUCUAAAUUAUUUUUUUAACUCAAACUUUCAAUUAUUUACAAGCACUUUAAAAUUUAUUUUUAAUUAAUCCACGCAUUAAUAUUUUUAAUGUACAUAAUAUUGAUCUCAAAUUAUGUAUUCCAUUAAAUUUAUAUAAAUUGUUAGGCAUGUUUGAAUAUUACCCAAAAUACUAGACAACUUUGUUUAAAAUAACUGAGCAAACAGAUUCCUUUAGAUGAAAUGGUCACUGCCAUCAGUUACGUAUUAUUUUUUUCUUUUAAAAAAAAUUUGAUACUUAUUAAAUAUAUCUUUAAUUUUCUCCAUAAUUCAUAAAUAAUAUUUUUAUUUUCAUUUUAACAAACAAUUUAUUUUAAGUAUAAAUUCAAAAAGUUUUUUUCAAUGAUAUUUGUUAGUUACCUCUACAUUAAUGUUUAGAACUACCAUUACCAAACAUGUCAAUUAUAGAGUUACAAGUUCCUUUUUUUUUUUAGCCAACCAUAUGUUAAUUAGUUAUUUUUAUUCAUUUUAUUUUCAAAUCAAAGGAUAUUAGCAGUAUUUGUUUCUUGUUGAAAUGUUAUAUUUAAGCUAUGUCUACAUUUAAUAAAUAAUUAAAAUGUCUUUUAGCUCUAAAAUGUAUUAUUAAGAAAAAAAUACCUAAGCAAUACUAUUGUUCCAUAGUAUAAAUUAAUUGAUUGAUUAUGUUUUAAUUAUUAUUAUUAUUAUUAUUAUUAUUGAAUUAUAACUAAUUGCUUUGUCUAUCAUAUUGUACAUUUGUAUUAUGACCAAAUCGAUAAUAAUUAUGUUAUCAAAAGAAUGGUCAAUUUGUACUGAUUAAGUUUGACCAAAAUGAAACACCACCCAACUUACGAUGGGUUUUAUUUCAAUUAAUAAAUGUUGUGUUUAAUUUGUUCACAA